AGUCUGUUGUGCACAUCAGGUGCGGUUCAUUUGUUUGCAAUGGAUGAUGACUUGGAAGAUGACUUUGAACCCCUGGGUGAAGAGGACCCCCUUGAUGCAGAGAAUUUUAAUGCCAUUGAUUAUAUCAAUCGGCAGUUUCCCAACGAAGCUUCACUUGGUGGACUUGGUCUCUUCAUAAAUCAGCUCAAGGCACAGGAGCAUGACAUUGAAGAGGGGAUCAAAAAUGCCGUGAGAAGACAAGCAGCCUUUGGUCGCCGUGCGAAAGCUGACCUCGGAGACGCGAAACUGGCAAUUCGAGAGCUCUUUGAGCGUAUCAAGGCAAUCAAAUCCAAGGCUGAACAAAGUGAAGAACUCGUCAGUGACGUUUGUCGCGAUAUCAAGUCGCUGGACGUUGCAAAGCGCAACUUGACCCUGACUGUGACUGUUUUGAAGCGGCUGGUCAUGUUGGUGACGGCACUGGAACAGCUCCGUUCAACUGCUGAAUGCAGACACUACCAGCAGGCAUCGUCUUUGAUUUAUGCAGUCGAGGAACUGUCCAGUCACUUCCAAGAGUUGUCGCACGUUGCACGUGUAGCAGACCUCUUAGAAAGGAAGGCGGCAGUAUUCAGUGACUUAAAACAGCAAAUACUGGACGACUACAUGUGCUUGCAUGGUGGCAUUGGAAGUGCGACUCGCCUGGAACAGUUGCCAGAAGGUUGGGGCACUGCUGCAGCCAAGUGUGUAGAUGCAAUCGGGCCCGGAAUGAAGAGAGAAGUUGUAACCCAGUUCUGUUUGAGACUCUUAGAAGGUUACAAAGACAUUUUUCAGCCGCCGAAAGAGGCUUCAGGAUUAGAAACCGCAGAACGCCGCUUUGCUUGGUUGAAGCGAACACUGCGUGAAUAUGAUGACAAGUACAAGUCACAGUUCCCGGAAUCAUGGCGGGUCCCUUGUGGGCUUUGUGACCUUUUUUGUCAUGUCACAAGGCAGCAUUUGGUUGAAAUUCUUGACACAACCCACCAUAUGGUUGACCCUGAGCUCAUGGUCCGGGUCCUCCUUAAAUCCAUUGAAUUCGAAAAUGAAUUGGCACGAAAAUGGGCCACAGAGACUCCAGAUGAUGAUGCAAUCACUUUGGACGCGGGACAUCUGAACUCCGCAAUGCCAGUUCUGAAGUAUCCAGAUGUAUUGGCGGCUAAAACUGGCAGAAGGUCUUCAACUUCCUCGCAAACAGAAGCAGCCACUGAAAAAGCUGGAGCAGAUCAUUUUGCUCCACGUUUCCGUGGAAUCAUUAGUGAAUGCUUUGAUGCUUAUUUGGGAACUUGGGUAAGGCAUGAAGAAAAGCAACUCUUGGAAGUUUUGCAAGCAUUGACUGCCGCCGACAAGAUGGUUAGUCAAGAGAACGAAGAAAACGAGGAAGAUGAAGAAGUCUUGCAGAGGUACUUGUACAAGUCAGCGCCAGAACUGUUUGCAGCUAUGAGAGGAAGCAUGCAAGAGUGCUCCCGCUUUUCUACUCACAACACUCUUUUCGACAUUUUCCAGGUAUUCCGCAAAGUUAUGAGUCAGUAUGCCAGCAAACUGUCAAGCCUGAUCCCUGCAGCAGGCCACAAAGCAUGCUUGGACGUAGAGGGAGUGCAGGCUGUUUGCUGCGCAAUUGGGACUGCUGAAUACUGCGAUGAAACGCUCCCAUUGCUGGAAGAGUCAUUGAUCAAAAUCAUCAGCGCAGACUUUCAAGAUCGCAUCGGUUUCCACGAUGAGCAAGAGUUGCUGAGAAGUGUGGUCAAUCGUGCGAAUGAAGCCCUGGUCCAAUCAGUCAAUUGCAGCCUGGAUGAUGCCUUCAAUAGCAUGAAUCGAACGAAUUGGGCAGCAUUUUCUCAGGACGUAGGUGAUCACAGUGCAUUCGUUGGGGAUAUUUCCGAACGUUUGCCGAAGCAAUUCGAACCGAUCGCGGCGCACUUGUCGAAGAUUCACUACCGUUUUUUCUGCGAUAAGUUUGUGCAGUCCUUCGUGACUAGAUUCGUGGCUGAAGUUCACAAAUGUCGGAAGAUCAGCGAACGAGGAGCGCAGCAACUUCUUUUAGACACGGCGCUGAUCAAGACAACCCUGCUUGAGGCACCUGUUGUGGCUGGACAUGGCAGGCAAAUGCCUACAGCCUAUAGCAACUACGUCCUGCGGGAGAUGGGCAAAGCAGAGAUCAUGCUCAAGGUCUUGAGCUCGCCGGAUGUCGAUGCAGCAUCGAUCACAGGGAUGUUGGGCGAUUCGUCGGAUGAUCCCGUGGUACAGCAGCUGCUGGCUCUUCGUGCAGGAGAUUCCGGCGAUGCUUCCUCUUCAGGCUCAAUGGAGCAACAGUUCCGCCAUGAAGCAGACCGGAUUGCAGCAGCUGCCGGGGUUCCAUCGAUUGGCUCUACAAUGAACUAUUUGGGAGAUGCUUUGAACAAAGGUGCCAAAGCCUCUGAGGAUUUGAAAAAGAUUUCAGGUGACAUGAAAAAGAAUUUCCAGAAGCUUGGAUUUCCAAGCUUUGGUAUGAAAAAGAGCGGCCAUGCUGGAUAGUGGCUCCUGGUGUCAUGAAAUCGGAAUUCAAAUCUUUGCCACUGCAACACGCUGCAAAAUGCUCCAGCGUGCUGCCAUUCCAGCACCUGCCACUGCUUGACGCUGGCAGAAAUGAUCUCACACUGUGGCGAAAGCUGCUUGGUUUGGUGAUGUGUGCAGUUUCAUCCAGACGCGGCCGCUAUGAAAAAA